UUUCUCCAUCUUCCUCAAAAUCUCUCAACUCUCACUCUCACUCUCACUUUCACGGUCUCACCUCACCUCAACUCUGAAGUCUCUCACCUGAACAGGGGCCUCAAGUCUUGAAAUUUUGAAGCACCCAAUGGAAUAACGCAGAUCAGCAAGUACUGAAAAGAUGAAUGGUGGUUUCAUGUUUUUUCAUUUUUGGUAUAGGAAAACCGAAAAAAUGAAUGGUGGUCCCAAUACAAUUCUAGCCUGCCCGCCAGCCCGCCAAGUGGGUUACCCGUGGGCUGAGCCUGGGCUUCAAUUUUCAGGUACAUAGUUCGGCACGCAAAAAAAAAGAAGCCCACUCGGCCCAGCCCGUGGACGGGCUUGGUUAGUGAUUUGGCGGCCCGACCUGGCCCGAUGAUGACCCUUACUAGAUACUUCCUCUGUCCCUUUUUAAGUCCUGCUUUAUAAUUCCAACUUAUUAAAAAGACAUCAUCAUUAUACCUUUCACAUUAAUUUUUUCUUUCGCUUUCCCUAUUUACCCAUCAUCAUUAUACUUUUACUCACUAAUUUUUCAAAAUGGAAUAUAUUUUUAGAGACUAAAUAGAUAAUGCAUCAACUUUUACGCAUUAAUUUUACAAAAUGAACACUUAUUAAGAGACAAUCCCAAAUAGAAUACUGAACUCUAAAUAAGAGAUGAGGGAGUACAUAUCAAGAAUGCAACGGUUUGAUAUCAAGACAAUAUAGAAAGUCCAUUGGCAACUACCCAGGAAUGUCCCCUUAACCCCCCUUCCCCCCAGGUGCAUGAAUCUAACUCACACCCCAUCUAUAUAAACCCCACAACACUCACAUCCCCUGACUCAAAACACACCCAUUUCAUCUCUUGUAUUAGUUCAAAAAAAAAAAAAACACCACUAAAUCAUCAGAAAAAAAAGAUGCCUUCUUCUUCGGUAUCCAUAAUCUCCAAAUGCACAAUUUCCCCAGACCACAAAUCCCCAAUCAAGAAAACCCUUAAACUCUCUGUCUCUGACCUCCCCAUGCUCUCCUGCCAAUACAUCCAAAAGGGCGUUUUGCUCUCACGCCCAUCGCUCCCUAUCGAUUCCCUCAUCUCCUUCCUCAAACUCUCUCUAUCCACAACCCUCUCUCACUUCCCCGCCCUCGCCGGCCGCCUCACCACCGACCCCGCCAGCCACGUCUACAUAACCUGUGAUGGCUCCGGCGUCGAAUUUAUCCAGGCUAGAGCGAAACACCUGUUUAUCGACGACAUUUUAAGCCCUCUCGAUGUUCCCGUUUGCUUCCGAGAGUUCUUUGCGUUCGACAAUACUCUCAGCUAUUCCGGCCACUACAAGCCCUUGGCUGCCGUGCAGAUAACCGAGAUCGGCGACGGAAUCUUCAUCGGCCUGGCCGUCAACCACGCCGUCACCGACGGCACCUCCUUCUGGAACUUCUUCAACACCUUCGCCGAGAUCACCAAAGGCGCCACCAAAACCAUCUCCAAGCCGCCAAGCUUCCGCCGCGACACCGUCUUCGACUCCCCCGCCGUCCUCCGCUUCCCCAAGGGCGGCCCGUCGGCCACAUUCUCCGGCGACGAGCCGCUGCGCGAGCGCAUCUUCCACUUCACCAGAGAAUCCAUCCUCAAACUCAAACUCAAAGCCAACCAAGACCUAAUCGCAAACGGCGUCACCAACGGAAAGGUAACGGAGUUAUUCAAAACCGGAAAGAUCAAUCCAACAGCCGAGAUCUCAUCAUUCCAAUCCCUCUGCGCUCAGCUAUGGCGGUCAGUCACGCGCGCGAGGAAUGUAGAGAAGGGUAAAGCGACGACUUUUCGAAUGGCGGUUAACUGUCGCCAUCGGCUGGAGCCUCGGCUGGAGCCGCUGUACUUCGGCAACGCGAUCCAGAGCAUCCCGACCGUUGCUUUGGCGGGAGAUGUUUUGUCUAACGAUUUGCACUGGAGCGCGGAUCUGCUGCACCAGAACGUGGUGGCGCACGACGACGCUACGGUGCGCCGCGGGGUGGAGGACUGGGAGAGUAACCCUAGGUUGUUUCCGCUGGGGAAUUCCGACGGUGCGUCGAUCACGAUGGGGAGUUCUCCGAGGUUCCCGAUGUAUGAUAAUGAUUUCGGAUGGGGCCGGCCGGUGGCGGUGAGGAGUGGGAAGGCGAAUAAGUUCGAUGGGAAGAUAUCGGCGUUUCCGGGGUGGGAGGGAGGUGGGAGCGUAGAUUUGGAGGUGGUUUUGGCGCCGGCGACUAUGGCGGGGGUAGAGAGGGAUGCGGAGUUUAUGCAGUACGUGUCUUGAAUUGGUGACGUGGAGUGGUAAGGGGAUCGGGUCCUCUCCAGUUUGGAUUUUGGACUAAAGAAAACUGUCCAAAUCUGAAUUGUGCAUUAAAAAAUUCAAUGAUUUUGAUCUGUUCAAAAACUCUUUGCGUAGAGAUUUCAAUUCUUCCGGUAAAGAGUCUCUUAACAAAAUCAAAUCAUAAAUUCCAAUAUUGAAUGGUUCAGAUUGCGACUGUCGCUUCAAAAUCAAAACAUAAAUUAGAGAGAAUGUGUUCCCGUGGCAAGAGCAGAGUGGUGAUGUGGAUAAGUCAAGGUGAAAAUUUUAACUGUCUGUAACUGUUUUUUUUGUGUGUAAUUUUAACUGUGGGAUUGAAUACUAAUUUUCUCUCGAGACGAGAUUUUUGUGCAA